AUUGUGGCAUGAAUCAUGCGCACUGAUAUGAAAACAUAAACGCAUGUAUAAUUUUCACAUUCCUAUUUAACGGUUAAGUAUUGCAUUUUCGAACUGGCACUGGUCACCCUCCAUACAAUCAAGCAUAAAAACACACAGGUACUGUGUUUGAUAAAGAGGUUGAAACCUCACCGAACCAUGCUGUAGCUAUAUUGAUAGCUAUCACUUUGCUUGAGGCGGGUUGCUCUACUCGCGUGCCAUUCUGGUGCCGAAUGAGCGGGCUAAUAUCGUUAUCUCGCGCCAUCGCUACCUAGCUUUUCAGCGUGUUUACCACCGUCAAACAGGCUUACUUUGGACUUAAACGUUUAUCAACAGGUCGAGGACUAAGUUAAGUUAGGUGAUAGACCACCAAGGCUUUCACCAUGAUGUUCUAUACUCAGCUCUUCACAUCCAAGCGAGGGCCUCUGGCCAAAAUUUGGUUAGCAGCUCAUUGGGAGCGGAAAAUCACCAAAACUCAUGUGUUUGAAUGCAAUUUGGAGAGCACCAUCAAAGACAUAAUCUCCCCACAGAUAAAGAUCGGCUUACGAACUUCUGGCCACCUACUUCUGGGAAUAGUGAGGAUAUACUUCAGAAAAGCCAAAUAUCUCCUUGCUGAUUGCAAUGAUGCUGUUGUCAAAAUCAAAGUGGCCUUCAGACCAGGACAGACUGACAUGCCUGCUGAGGCACUGGAGGCCACACUUAAAGCAAUCACGUUAAUGGAGGAUUUCACUGACUUUGAUUCCCAGCUACCAGAUGCAAAUGCCAUAGGUGUAGUGGACCAUUUUUCACUGAAUCAGUGCCGAACAGAGGACAUCACCCUCAAAGAGGAUUUUGGAAAUAGCUUUCUGACAUUUGAGGACUUUGGUGAUGAGACCCAGUCUCACCAAGGGGGCAUGUUAGACGUGAGUUUCCUAAGUCUGGCCCAGCAAGGAGAUGCUUUUGGCGAUGAGGACACAGGCUUGGACAUCCUGGGUGACGUUCUUACAGGGUUAGAUUUUUUCGAAGCCGAACAACAAAAUAUGUUGCCGGAGACUGCUAUGAUGGAUGUUAACCAAGAAGGUCGUCCAGACAGCUCUACUACAUCUGCACCCAUGGAGGAGGAUCACCCUGUCCUGAAUGAGACAACUCUGUUGGGCAAUGAGGAGGAGGGCUUCGCUCUGGAGCCUGUCACUGUUACACCAACCUUAGAGAGGAGGAAGGGGAAGAGGAGAAGGAGACUGGUGGUGGACCAGGCCAAGGAGCUGUCCAACCAGGCCAUCAGGGAGCAACUCUCUGACUGCUCAGAUCUCACUGCCCCACUGGACAUCGCCCCGCCUACCCGCCAACUCAUGCAAUGGAAAGAGAGUGGUGGGGUGGACAGGCUCUUCAGUCACCUCUGUGCCCCUGUCAUUCAUCCACACCUGCAACAGCUCUAUUCCAGGGAUGUGUUCCGUGUGAAAACAGAUGGAGUUGUCAAUGAAGAUGACCAUGAAGAGAUGAGAGAGGAGAGACAUGAGGUGGAAACAGAUGCAAGCGCCUUGCUCAGUGUCCUGCAUGAGACCACGGAUCCUGAGAGAAUUGGACACAAUGUGGAGCUCACUCCUCUGCACAGCUAUGGGAAUGACAACCCACCUGAAUACCUCUGGGACGCAGUACAUGAUGGAAGCAGGUUGGAGGUCUCUCAACCUGAGCUCCCGUCUGAGGAUUCCAUAUAUGUUCAUCCUUCUGGAAUGGAAAGGGAAACUCCAUCGACUGUACCACGGAACACACAGUCUAUGGUGGACAGCCAGGAUGACUUGGAAGAGAAGAGGAUGACCAGCCGAGCACAGAAACUACUAAAUGCUCUCAAAAUUCAGAGCAGCAACACCAUGUUCAGCCUGAAGACUUUGUGUGAGAGUAACAGUCGCUCCCAGGCCGCAGCCACCUUCUUCUGCCUUCUGGUGCUGAAGAAACAACAGGCCCUCGACCUGCACCAAAGCGAGCCUUACGCUGACAUUAUGGCCACUCCUGGACCCAGGUUCUAUGAGACGUAGAGGAGGACUCGUAGUGGAGGAAGGAGGAGGAGGUUUUGAUAUGAAGACACCUUGUUCAUAGACUCACUGCUCUGUCAACAACUGCACAAACUCUGUAGUGGUCUUGACACCCUCGUCAAAUGUGGACCUUAGGAGGGUAGCUGAUUGAGAACUGAAUACACCAAUAAAUAUAAUUUUGAUAAAAGUGACCAAACUGGGUUGUGACAUAAAGCACUUACAAGCACUACUGAGAUAGUUAUGGUACCUCAAUGCAUCUCCCAGGGUCCAAACCCAAGUUAGCUACUCAUUCCCUUUAUGAGAAAACAAGGCUUGCUACAAGACAUUAUUUGGACAGAGUUAUCGUCUGAUUUGGGACACAGUAAAAGUUUAUGAAUG